AUGUUGAUCAGCAAAGUACCGGACGACGAUGGAGGGAAAGGCGAGGGUCAAUCCCAUGUCGAUGAUAAUACUCAUGAAUAUCAAACAGCCAAUGAACUUUUUGAAAUGAUGGCAAAGAACAAAAAUUUUAAUGCCAGUGAUGGUGAUACCCUUACACCAAGAGAUUUAGUUCUUUUGUACAAGAACAUUGAUUUAGGCACAAAACUCAUGUCCGGUGCCAAAGACAUUUCAUGCGUGAAACCGAAUCAACACGUAGAGACUGUUGUUUAUCACGAUGACCCUGAAUCAGACGAGUCUGAUGUUAGCGACAUGUAUAGUAACGAAGAUUUGCAAAACGUAUUUCUCGUAAAUAAUGAAAGACUAGACCUCUUGAACAUUCCGUCCUCAGUAGGAAACACACUCUGUCACAAAUUGGGAGAUCUGCAAAUCCAAACAACUGACGACAUAGAAUAUAAUAGGCAAUUUCUAUUCCAAGAUCCUUUUAUUAAAGAACAACUGAAAAACUUUAAUUUAUUCUCUAAUAGCAAAGAGGUUGAGGCAUCAGUACUACCAGCAUCUCUACUCGACUACGUUUGUUGCAAACGUUUGGAGGACAAUUACAAUUUUUACAUGGACAACAUAAUAAGAUACGUGAAGAACACAAUAGAACAACUGAAACGUAUCAGUAAUGGUGAUUAUUUAACUGAUAAAGCUAAAGAAAAGUGGAAAGAAGUAGAACAAGCUGAGGAUUCUUCACGCGCUAAUACUAAACUUUUGGCGACGUCUACAAGCAUACCUAUGCACGUUGAGUGUAAAUUUGGACAUCAAACGUCUACGUGGGAUGAUAUAGUUCAUUCGGAGGUUGAUGUUAGGUCGCUGUCUAAGAUUCUUGAAAAGAAAAUUAUUGUGGAAGUCCCAAAAUGUAUUAGUGGAUCGUACAAAUUACUAAGUAAAUGUUGCGAUGACAAUUUAAUUAUCAGCUGUCAAAAGGAAAAUCCAGUAGAAAAGGCUAAAGAUGAGUCUCGGCUAGAUGUAGUUUUUAAAUUGAAGAGGUCAGAAACGGGUCACGUCGUGAGUAAUAUUAGCUCCAUUAUGAUCCUACAAACCGCACCAAUACCUCAAGUCUUACCAGAAGCAACGCCUGCAAAAUCUGCGAUUCCACUAGCUGUACUUUAUAAAGAAGUUAAUGAGGAAGAUAAUUACCAUCAGGAAAAUAAGUCAAAUCAAUCAGUUAAAAUUACAGAAUUAAAUGUUUCUUGUGAAAAUGAUGAAAUAAAAGACACAGAUGAUUUAUUUGAAGAUAAUGUAUUACAAGAUAUAUGUGAUGUUGGUAAAGAUUAUGAUGAUUUAGAAGAUGAAGACAAUGUGGAUAUUACUGAGUGCUUGUCUGAUGACAACUGUCGCAGAGUAUCUUUCAAAACCCCGCCGCAUUUCGAAAAUAGCCCUGAAUCCAGUUGCAAUUUAUUGAAUAAUAUAGAUGAAAUUGAAGUGUAUUCUCCUAAAGAAGCAUCUUACGAGCUGUGUCCAGCCGAUUUACGGAUGACAAUGCAGAAAUUGUCAAUACAGAGCACUUUACCUGAAGAAAAUGUUGAAGACUUGUCACAAUCACUCACCAUGAAAAAGAAAUCCUCCACGAAAGUCAGAAUAAAAUCACCUUACGAGAACCAGUCGCACGCGAUGGAAGAGAAGAAAAGGAAAAAACUACUUGAAAUAAGAGAGAAGCGUGAAAAAAAGAAAAUUGCAUUAGCUGAAAGUUGCAAGAUUAAUAAGAGUAAGUAUGGUAAUCGAGCUCCAAUGCCACAAGCUUCUACCUCUGUAACUAAACUAUCUAUAACCAAUAAAUCGUUCUAUAACUCUAUAUAUGGGCAAACUGGAGACGUAGAUUCCAAACAAGCAAAGAAUAGAAAUCGCAGGGGAGAUACCCAGAAAGAACUUCCCGAUGUAGCUCUUGACAAACUUGGAAAUGAUGAAGAAACACCAAAAUCACAAGAUCAAAAUAACAAAAAGUUUAUAAACAGAAGUUACUAUUUAGAUGAUGCCGUAACUGAAAUGAUGUACUUAAACAUGAAACAAAAAGAAGAAGACAAAGAUAUUGGAUCUGCCUCUACUUCUGGUAUCUCUGGCGAAUUCAGAACAAAUUUAAGUAUACUUUCUCAGCUUAUCGCUCAUAAUGACACCGAGAUCAGCGGUGACGACAAUGAUGAGAAAGUAUCUCCAGAUGAAAGAACUGACGAUAUAUCUAUCGCACCCAGUGAUAACGAAAUUAACCAAGAAAAUGAAACUAAUGAGUCAUCGCAAAGCACGCUCAACAUAAUGCAACCGAAUGAUCCAAAUGAUUUGCCUAAACCACAAAACGACAAAAACGAUCUAAAGAAAAUCCAGCCUUCAAUUGAAUGCAGGAAGAGUAUUGACAAAAUAUAUAAACUUAUGAAUAAAAUGGGAAAACGCCCUGACCCGGAUAGUAAAUCACAAAACAAGUAUUCGGCAAACGUUAGUAAUAGAACAGAUUUAACUGGAGAUAAGGGGAGCAUAUCUAUCCAGGGCAGUGACAGUGGAACUAGUUUGAAGCAUCAUCUAACGUCAUCCAAUCCCAGUUCCUUUAGCUUCGAUAGACAUAACAAUCCUGAGAACUCUGGUACUUUUGUUAACUCUGAAAAUCCAAUGAAUGUUACGCCAAAAGUCAUAAUCAGCUCAAAGUCACCUAUUCCCGUUUCUAAAACUGAUGAAAAAACGAAAAGGGACAAGAAGACCAGGGUCAUUAGUCCUAAAGUACAAGAAACCAAUCCAUUGAAGGCUAUAUCACAACUUCUACAUGAAUUCGAAAACGUUCAAAGGAAUAGAUUAAAAUCUGGUAAGGAGCAGAAGCCAGCUAAAAAGAAUGAUACAAAUAUUACUGUAGCAAACGAUGGGCGAACUAGUUCGCGUCAAGGUUCUUAUAAACGACGAUCGCGAAUCGAACAGCACAACGAGACAAUGGAGAGAAAUACUAGAGUCAGUACACCGAAAGAUAGAAAACCCAACCAAAAAGGUAAUGGCGUGGAUCCUUUGAGAAUUCCAUAUCAGCAAGUCCCUACAGAGGAUAGAUACAUAGAUAAACCUACCAAGAAAAAAAUAAUUGACAUAUUAGAUGAAGCAAAAGAAGCAAGAGGUGAAGCAGUCAGAGGACCUUCCAAAUUUAAUUCAAGGUUGAACUCUUUAGCGCAACCGAAAAGAACGUAUGUGCAAGCUCAUAGUGAAGAAUACCAAAAUAGAUACGGUCGAAAUUUAAUAACAGAUAGACUACAAAAAUUAGCCGCAGCUCCAACGCAGGCAGUCACUGAGCGCGCUGCGGCCCCAACUAACGUUAGAAACAGAACGAAACGCCAUGGAAAUGAUGCAGUUUCCGCAGUAUCUUUAAAACUUCCUUUUCAGUCGAGUCUUCCAAUAGAACGACCUACCCGAACACGACACUCAACCAGCAAUAGCCCUGAAGCCAAAGAUCGUAUAUCUGCAGGAAUCGGGAUGUCCUAUAAACAAAAUAACGUAGCUGAAACACCUGAAACAUUUAAAAAGAUGGUGGCAGUGGAGUCGUAUGUAAAGAACCAUUACGGUCGUGCGUCUUCGUCGACAGCCACGGAAGCACAGAAAUCGCGAGCCCCGCUGUUUCCAAAUGACAUCGAUAUGGGAUCAAUCUCAUCAACCCCAUCCCCUAAAGAAUCUACAGAAGUUGGCACUAAGCUGCACCAUAUAAUCGAUUACAUGUUAAAAAAUCCUUCAUGCGGCCUGGAAGCUCUAGAUGAAUGUCAUGAAUCGAAUUCUAGGUCAAGUAAAGAUAACCCUAAUGACCUUUUUCUUAACAUGUUCCAAUACGAAGAAGGGAUUUCGGUAGACUCUGACUUUGCCACAGGAAUUACGGACGAAGAUAUUGUACUGAGAAUCAAGAACAGCGAUGAACAGUCGUUAUCUGGGACAGACGCAGAAAAAAAUAAGCAUGCUUUAUGCAGCACCAUAUCUGUGGGGUCUUUUCCUAAGCCUUUGAGGAUGAAAAACUUGAGGUUGACGCCGAAAUCUUCGAUACAACCAUUAUUGCUUUUACAGGCAGGAGACACUGGCUCUAUAGUUCUAAAUGCGUCAUUAUCACAGAAUUCCGAAAUGGAUAAGCUACUACAUUUAAAGGGCAUGCCUGUAUUAUCCAAAACUAAUUUAAACUGGAGUUUCACUAAUAUUCCAAUGCAAAUUACCACCGUUGGCUACGCUUUCCCUGAAUAUAAAUGUGUCAGAUCUGGAACGCAUUCGUUAACUCAAUUGUUAGAGAAAGUGUCGAAGACCUCGUCUCAGAAGUCAUUAGUGUGUAUUAACCCUGUAGACGUAAAGUCCACAGUACACGACAAAGCUGUUAACUGUAUCGAUAAAGUUAACAAAGACAGCCAAUGUUACAGAGGUAGACAUCUGCAUCCAUUACUAGAGCAAGAUCCUGUGGGUGAUGACCCAAAGAAUUGUACGAUACCUACAGAGUUGAGGUCUUGCUUAGCUCCGGACACAGUAGAUGAUAACGAUGUCCCGAAAACAACGAAUGAUUCAAAUAAUUACCAGCUCAAAGACGAAGUCAAAGAAAAUAAAACAAUUGAUAAAAAUGAAGCAACAAAUGCAGGAGACAAAAAUGACUGCUGCAUGUCCAUUCAUUCAGGAGUAGAUAACACAGCCUCGUUUGAUUUAUUAGUUGGACUCCUAAACGAAAUUAAAAAAAUUACAAAGUGCCAGACUCACAUCACUUCCAAUGAUGCCGAUGAGUGUAAGGAGCUAGAAGUUAUUUUAAAUAAAACCUCCAAAAUUGAAAACUCUAGUCAAAGUGUAGCUUACAAUAAUCUCUCUUUAACUAACCUGGAUAGACUUCGUUGUUUGGAAUCUAAUCCAAGUGUAUAUUCAUUGUAUUUAUCUGACAACGAAGCCAUAGGAAGAAGAAACAAAAUAAAAAUUAAUCGCGAUAUAAAUCCAUGGUGCGAAAUAAAAUAUAACAUCUCGCACUCUAAACCAACUUUUGUUGAUAAAGAAACAAGUGUUAAUAUCCCUCGCAAGGAAUAUGUCCACAGAUUAACAGAUGUUCCGUCUAUAUGUUUCCCAAUAACGAUUAAUCAUAGCACAGAUGUGGCUAAUCCGCUAAUUGAAGAACUGUGUCAGGCCUCGUCACAAUCUCUGUUCUCAUAUCAUUCUACAUAUUCUAAUGUCCUUUCCAAAAGUAUGUUAGAACUCCCACAGGUGAUAGAUAUACAAGAUGUGAAAGUUGCCGUAACUUGCUGUAAAGACAAUCAGGAAAUUGUGAAAACAGAUAUGACAAAAUUAAGUAAACGGAAAUCUCGAAAUUAUAGAAGGGAAAUGACAAUAAAAAAAACUGCAAAUGGAACUUAUAUUAAAUGUUGUCUAAGUAACAACUCGGAUUAUGAUCCAGUUAUGAAAAUGAAAAGGGAUAUUUUAGUUACGAUUUAUUCAAUGCUGGUAUUCACGGUGUUUGCAGCUUUAUCAUUUCCUGAAGUGUUGUUCAAUAUAUAA